UCCCUGACAGUCUGGAAUAGCCCUGAAUUUGACGAACGAUACUGGUCAUAUCGCCGCGAAUUACGAUACCUCACGGGUCCCUGCACGCGCAACAAUCUCGCGCUUUUUGUCCAUUGUGAUGGUUUGGUAGGGUUGUUUGUGACCCUUUCCCAACGUGGGCUAGUACCAAAAUAGCCGAUCAUAUAAAGCCGCCAUGUUAAUCUUCCAGAGCUGCAUAGCAACUUGAACACUCUCUGAGCGUCGCUUGCUAGCUUUGGUCCUCCUUUUACCCUUUGUCACUUGUUGCUCUCCCUCCCUGUCACUCUUGUCUUUCGACUUUCGAUCUCUGCAACUCGUACUUCUUUGAAAUCCUCCUCGCCGCUCCCAUUGUCAACAUGCGUGCUACCUCUUUCAUCGCUGUCCUGUCUGGCCUCGUCGCCGUUACCUCUGCCGCCACUCUCUUCCCUAGACAGUACCCUGAUUGUGCAAACCCUUGCAUUGCCAAUGCUGAAACAGGCUCCUGCACCGCAGAUGAUCUCGGCUGCUUGUGCAAUAGCUCUGCCUUCAUCUCCAGCACCACCAGCUGCAUUAUCUCGAGCUGCAAUGCGGAUGAUGCGGAGAGGGCUGAGGCCGUCGCUCGUCAAUUCUGCGCCACAGUGGGUGUGACCUUGACUUCCACCCCUGAUAUCUCGACUUCUGCAUCUUCAACUUCGUCUGCUCCUGGCUCUUCCGCUCCCAGCGCCACACAGACUUCUUCUUCUAUCGCCCCUUCAUCAACGGCUCCUUCAAGCACCGAUACCACCAGUCCCGCUACUCAGACUGGUGGUGGCGAUAACAGCGGUGCUUUGAUUCACGGUGCCAAUGCCCUCCUCGGCCUCGUCGCCGUCGGCUUCGUUGCUCUCAACCUCUAAGCACACUUUCACUUGUGCUUUCUUUCAUCUGCAACAACUCGCAAUUCUUUUCGCUUUUCAUCAUAUUAUACCUUCGUGAUACCUUCCACAAAUCAUGGGUUCGUGACGUAGAAGUCCUGGGAUUUCGCAGAAAACAUUGGGCCGACCUUCUUGAUGGACACCGCGUGUCCCUUUGAGAAGGUCUUAGGGACUGUUCGCUACUUGUUGGUUCUCGAACUACCAUUCGGUUUUCUUUGUUCGUACAAUAUCCUUUACUUAUUCCUAUGUGAAUGCAUAUCUCGAUUGCUCGCUUCCC